CUGCUCACUGCCUUUUCACACACACGCACACACACACACACACACAGAGAGUCGUGAAGUAGAGCAGUGCGGUGGUGCCGACGCUGUCCGGAUGGUCAAAUCGAACCUGCAGACGAUCCUGAAUAGUCACUGUUUUGCCCGAGAGAAGGAGAGAAAUUUCCCCACGAUGCCGAUCGAAGUCGCCCACAAUAACACUGAGAUUAAGAGUCCCAGCAGGUGCACUCGCUGUUACAGUAACCCGUGUCCAGGGCCUCUGUGGUGUUCCGAUGCCCCUCACCCACCCCUAAAGAUCCCAGGUGGGCGAGGGAACGAUCAGAGGGAUCACAAUCUUUCAGCUAAGUUAUUCUAUUCUGACACUCAGAUGCUGGUCCUUGAAGAGCCUCGACCUUCGAACAGCCGAGUGCGUUUUUUGCUCUUCGAGCGGCGCAGCUCCGAGAUCAAGCCGGUAGUGUGGAGGGGAUCGCUGGUCGGACUAAGGCUUUACAUCGAGAUCCCCCCAGGAGCACUUCCUGAAGGAAGCAAGGAUAGCUUUGCACUCCUGCUCGAGUUUGCAGAGGAGAAGCUUCAGGUUGAUUACGUUUUCAUUUGCUUCCAGAAGAACCGUGAGGACAGAGCAUCGCUCCUGCGGACGUUUAGUUUCCUGGGCUUUGAGAUUGUGAGACCCGGUCAUUCUCUUGUCCCCUCCCGCCCCGACGCUUUCUUCAUGGCUUACAGCAUCGAAAGAGAAUUGGACAAUGAUGAAUAAUCCUCACCAAUCCAUCACUUCACUUCACGACUUUGUGCUCGUACACUUUUCCUUUUUUAUUUUUCUUUCAUCAGUAAAACAAUCUGAACCAUUUUUUCCUUUUCUCUCACACGCAUCUUCAUUUUCUGUGAUUUCUGCAGUAGUUUCUUAUCAAAGUGGUGCACAGACUGUGUCAGUUUGCAUUAGUGAAGUUUUAAUUUCAAUCAUUAGGCAAUCACAUUCCCACACACUGCUCUUUAGAGGCUCUGAUUCCCAUGCAGCAAAUGUAUGUAAGUAAAUUAGUUUCCUGAUUUUUAUGCUUGUAUUGAUUUUGUUUGUGUGUGUGUGCAUGACUCCUUUUUGUUCAGCGUUCACUUGAGCUACUCUGCAUGUUAUAAGAGAGUGCAAAAUAAAUUUGCUCUGCCUA